AUGGCGUCCCAGGGCACCGGCUACGACCUCUCGGCCAGCACCUACUCGCCCGACGGCCGCAUCUUCCAGAUCGAGUACGCCGCCAAGGCCGUCGAGAACGCCGGCACCGCCAUCGCCAUCAAGACUAAGACGGGCGUCGUCAUCGCCGUCGAGAAGCUCGUACAGUCCAAGCUAUUAGUGCCAGGCUCCAACUCGAGGAUCUUCAACAUCGACCGCCACAUCGGCAUGACGUCGGCCGGCCUCAUCGCCGACGGCAAGCACAUUGCCUCCAGGGCGCGCGACGAGGCCGUCAACCACCGCGACACGUACCGCUACCCGGCCCCGCUCAAGGCGCUCGCCGAUCGAGUGUCGAUGUACAUCCAGGCCUUCACCCUCUACUCGUCGGUGCGGCCCUUUGGCAUCUCGACCAUCUUUGCCGGCAUCGACGACUCGAGAGGGCCACAGAUCUUUAUGAUUGAGCCUUCGGGCGUCUUCUGGGGCUACAACGGCUGCGCCAUUGGAAAGGGCAAGCAGCUCGCCAAGACCGAGAUCGAGAAGCUCGACCUGGACAACCUCGACCUGACGCAAGCCGUCGACGAGGCGGCCAAGAUCAUCUUCAAGGUCCACGACGACGCCAAGGACAAGGACUUUGAACUCGAGCUGUCGUGGAUCGGCCCGGAGAGCAAGGGCCGCCACGAGUUUGUGCCAGAGGAGCUCAAGAAGGAGGCGAUCCGAAAAGCCAAGGAGGCGCUCGACGACGAGAUGGAGGACUAG